GUCAGCAAGGCAGCAUUGUGAUGUGUGCGUUCUUGAGGUCCUGUUACCAGGCUGUCUAGGGCCUUGGCUCAGUCUUGAUCCAGACACCGGAGAAGACAGUCGCAGGAAGGGAGACCAGAAGACAGUCCACUCCCUCAGCCCCCAGCCCUUGGGGGCUGACGGGUAGCCAUGGACUUGUACCUGAACAACUGUUUGAAGGCUGCUGAGGCUGCCGCCUCCAAAGCGGCUUCUGGCAACCUCAAAACUGACAAAGACACUUGUAGUACCAAGAGACAGAAACCUGUUGUUCCGAAGAUUGGACCAUCUAGCCUGUUGGACUUACCCCUGGGGGCGAAACUACCUAUUAUCCCAGGAAGUACUAACAUAUUCUAUACCACAAAUAUAAGUGAAAAGCUUUAUCGGCCAUCUUUUGGUUUUAAUCUUAGUGAUCCUUACUGUAGACUCAUGGAAACCACCUACCAAAGUCUUCACGAUCCACAUCUUAAAGCAUACUUCAGACGAAAAGACAUGCUCAAGAAACUAAGACAGGGAGGAUACAUCACCAGCAAUAACAAAGUCAUAUGUUCCUUAAAAGAGUUGAACAAAUACAGACAAUAUCUUACCACUUUAAAAAUUGACUUUGAGAGAAAUUAUGUCAGGGAACAAAAAAUUAUAGAAAGCCAGGUGAAUAAGCUGAACGAAGAGAGACGAGCUUGUGACGAAGCUGCCGCUGCUGCCUCAUUUCAGCAGUGGUUGUUACGAGAAGGGAAGAAGACUUCCCCGCAUCAAGACCAUAUAAUAAAAAGAAGACAUCUGCGUAUGAUUAAUAAAGAACUAGACAAAAUUGAAGACACCUUGGGAAGACGAAACACACUGCAGUUAGAAGAAGAAGACAGACUACAUUGGCAUAAUGUUCAAACAAAACUGAAUCAACACAAAGAGAUUGAAGAGGAAUGGCAAUCCAAGGAGAUGACACUUCUAUCAAAGAUUGGAGAAGAAGUUAAGCGAGAAGCAAAAGCUGACGAACAUCGGCGAAAAAUCAGAGAGGAAAUUAACCAAAAGAAACAAGUAAUGCUUCAAAAAAGAAUGGCCUACCAUUUACAAAAACUGCAAGAAAAAGAUAGUAAAGAAGAAAGUGUAAAGAAAAAGCGGGAAGCCACCGUCCCUGAAAGCAAAAGACAACCUGAAACAGGUGAGAGAGAUAGGAGAGAGAAAAUAAAAGACAUAGUAGAUGAGUGGAAGCUGAGCAACAAUGUAUUGACUAUUAGUGUCCACAUCAAACCACCUUAUGCUCACACAGUUUUUUAAAAUGUCCCCUGCAAAAGUAAGUACUAGGAGCCCUCAGUACCUGUGUCAGGUACUCUGUGAUGCACUUUCCAGUUACAGAUCCAGUUAACAAACAUAUAUUCACAAUACAUAUAGCUAACAAGUAAAUACAUAGUUUAACAAACAGCCAGGAAGAGAAGAUAGCAUGUACACUCAGGUAAGAAACCCAGAAGCAAAUGAGAGAAGUAAGUUGAGCAGGCAGUAAGAAAACAUUAAAAAGAAAAGUUUAACAAGCCAGUAAGAGCAGAAAUAAAUUACAGAAAUUACAUCAAGAAAAGGAUAAUAUACAAAUAUCAAGAGAAUAUUAAAAUGUACAAAGCAAGUAAUAGGGGAAAAAAGAGCAAAAAAACUUGGACAAGAUAAAGCACCUAGUAGGCAAAGAUAUAACGAGAACCAAUGAAGACAAGGAGAGAGUAAAGAAAGACCAGGAGCAACC